AUGGAGUUCUUCAAACAGCGAACCUCCCCCCUGAGAGAAUUGGACCUUAGUCAUAAUGAAUUACAGGAUUCAGGAGUGGAGCAUCUCUCAGCUGGGCUGAAGAGUUCACACUGUAAAGUAGAGAUACUCAGAUUAGCUCACUGCAACCUCACUGCAGAGACCUGUAAAAUGAUCUCAUCAGUUCUUCAAACAGCGAACCUCCCCCUGAGAGAAUUGGACCUUAGUCAUAAUGAAUUACAGGAUUCAGGAGUGGAGCAUCUCUCAGCUGGGCUGAAGAGUUCACACUGUAAAGUAGAGAUACUCAGAUUAGCUCACUGCAAACUCACUGCAGAGACCUGUAAAAUGAUCUCAUCAGUUCUUCAAACAGCGAACCUCCCCCUGAGAGAAUUGGACCUUAGUCGUAAUGAAUUACAGGAUUCAGGAGUGGAGCAUCUCUCAGCUGGGCUGAAGAGUUCACACUGUAAAGUAGAGAUACUCAGAUUAGCUCACUGCAACCUCACUGCAGAGACCUGUAAAAUGAUCUCAUCAGUUCUUCAAACAGCGAACCUCCCCCUGAGAGAAUUGGACCUUAGUCGUAAUGAAUUACAGGAUUCAGGAGUGGAGCAUCUCUCAGCUGGGCUGAAGAGUUCACACUGUAAAGUAGAGAUACUCAGAUUAGCUCACUGCAGCCUCACUGCAGAGAUCUGUAAAAUGAUCUCAUCAGUUCUUCAAACAGCGAACCUCCCCCUGAGAGAAUUGGACCUUAGUCAUAAUGAAUUGCAGGAUUCAGGAGUGGAGCAUCUCUCAGCUGGGCUGAACAGUUCACAUUGUAAACUAGAGAUACUCAGACUGUCUGGUUGUUUGGUCACAGAGGAAGGUUGUUCUUCUCUGGCUUCAGCUCUGAGGUCAAACCCCUCACACCUGAAAGAACUGGAUCUGACGUACAACCACCCAGGAGAGUCAGGAGUGAAUCUGCUCUCUGCUAGACUGGAGGAUCCCCACUGCAGACUGGACACACUCAAGUAUGUAAACACACUGUGUUUGGUGUGAACACACACUCCAAAUUUGAGAGGCACAAAUCCAAGUGAAAAAUGAUGAAUUUGGGAAAAAAUGAUGAAUUUGGGUGUGCACAUAUGUCAAAUAAUCACCCAUAACAGCAGACACAGAUAUGAGGUUCAGUCACUUUAAUAAUUUUCAUGUAUGUGAGAGGAACAGCCAGUCCAAUCUCCUCUGACCCACUUCUAAAAAACAGACCAAUUUAUACUUCAGUAUUACUCAAAUACAUGCAGUGUCAUACAUGACACACGUGUUUUUAUUCCUUAAAUA